AUGAGCCUUCAGAAGCCCCUGCUUGAUGCUAUCGUGGAAUCGGACCACGAAGGGAGUGUAAUGGUUGACCAUGCAACCGAUGACUCGACAAGCGAGGUUGAUGAAAGCUUUGUUCAACUUGACGGAGACGAGUUCAGACUUGACCAAGAGGCUAGACGAAAAGGUCCUGUUGGGAAGAAGCUAUUUGUCGAAGAAGACAGCAUAGCUGAGUCGCCUCUUCGGAAUGGCCUGCUGGGUCCAAGUCUUAUAGCCUCUUCACCUCAGAAGUCUGAUUUGGAAAGCCCGUCAAAACGUGUUCAGUUCAAGCACCAUAUUGAUUCUGCAAGCGAGGAGGAGCCAAUCUCAGAACAGCCAAUAGACCAAUGGAACUUCAAAGAUUUGAUCGGGGAUAGGUUCCGGGAACGGCUACCAGAAACCGACCUCAAAGCCUGGCAGCGGCCCUCCAAAAGACUGCUUAAUAGCAUAACGGACAUUUUAGAGAAUAACAUCGACUUGGCUUUGGAAGCUACGUUUGAAAAGUACGAGGCAGAGUGCGAGCGGCUGGCUAUUGGUCGCAGCGUUAAGCACAUCCGGAGGGACAAGGAACGCAUGUUGCAUAAAACAAUCGGGAAAAUCGAGCGGCAACUCCAGAGUUCCAAGUUUCCUUCCCGCGUUAAAGAUCGCGAUUUCGACAUUGAAUACAUUUACGCCAAGCGGACCUUCAUCCAAAACAGUUUUUCUCAAGAGUUAGAGCAUACAGAUUCAGUCGAGCACCAGGUUUUAAGGGAGCAGAAAGCCUUGGAAGACUUGAAGCACGUUCAAGCUAAGCUUUCAAAUCGUGCGCUUAGACAAACCAAGCUCCUUACGGAGCAGCUGUCACAUAAUCUUCAUCCAGCAUUGAGUAAAGCAAUGGUCAACUCAUUCGGGCUCAUAGGGGAUAAUGCCAUAAACAAGGAGCGCUACAAAAAAGAUGUCGAUGAACUCAACUUAAAGCUAGCUGACCCGUCCGCUGGUGUCACUCAUUCCCUGCUUCACAAAUAUUUGCCCUCUCUAAAAAACUACGAAAAGACUGCCGAGAAGCUACAGGGUAGUCUCCCGAACUUAAACUAA